GAAGAUCAUUAAGUGAGCACAAACAGGAUAUUGUUGUCAUCUGUCAACAAAGCUGAAACUCUGAUUACGUUUAUAUGUUUUAGUCCAUUCAAAUCAACUCUGGAGGCAAUUAUUUUGCUCGAACUCUAUUUAGUUAUUAUGGUCAUUUCAUGUUCAUGGGCUGUAUAUUUUCUGUUCGUUUCUAAACCUGUAACUGGGAGAACUUAGAUUUCAAAUUAUGAGAAGCAGCUAGCUAGCCUGUAUGGCCAGUCUAUGUUCAUGUCACAUUCAGAAGUGAAAUGAAUUUUGGGUUGUCUUGACAACACUCAUCGCUAGCUACCUGAAGUUUGUCGCACAGCAAAAUGGACUUUUCCAAAUUUCUGGACGAUGAUUUCGACGUGAAGGACUGGGUGAAUGGGGCCUUCAAGAUGCAGAAGGAUGUGCCCGGGAAAGCAGAUGCGCACGCGGCAACGCUGGUCAUGAAACUGCAGUUGUUCAUCCAGGAAGUCAACAAUGCAAUUGAGGAGAGCAGUAACCAAGCCCUGCAGAACAUGCCCAGAGUGCUGCGGGACGUAGAGGCCCUGAAGCAGGAAGCGUCAUUCCUGAAGGAGCAGAUGGUCCUUGUCAAAGAGGACAUCAGGAAAUUUGAGCAGGACACUGUUCAGUCCAUGCAGGUCUUGGUGGAGCUCGAUCAGGUCAAGUCUCGGAUGCACUUAGCCUCCGAUGCACUACAGGAGGCAGACAAAUGGAGCACGCUCAGUGCAGACAUCGAGGAGACCUUCAAGACACAGGACAUGGCUGUAAUCUCUUCUAAACUGACCGCCAUGCAGAACAGCCUGGCUAUGCUGGUGGACACACCAGACUACUCUGAGAAAUGUGUGCACCUGGAGGCUCUGAAGAACAGGCUGGAGGCCUUGGCCAGCCCCCAGAUAGUAGCCACCUUCAACUCCAUGUCUGUAGACCAAGCCAAGCUCUUUGUGAAAGUCUUCACAGAGAUCGACAGAAUGCCACAGCUUCUUGCCUACUACUACAAGUGUCAUAAGGGUCAGCUGGUGAGUGUGUGGCAGGACCUGUCUCAGAGUGAGCUGAGUCUAAAUCAGCAGCUGGCUGAGUUCUACGACACCCUGCUCUCCACCUGGCACUCACAGCUACAGUGGAGCAGCCAGGUGUUUAAGAAUCCAUACGAGGUGGUGACGGUGCUGCUGAUCCAGACCCUGGGGGCCAUGGUGCCCUCCAUCCCUGUGUGUCUGAGCACGGCCAUGGAGCGCGCCCCCCAGGAGCAGCAGCUGGACACCCUGCUGGAGCUCCACCACACCGCUGCCACCUUCGGCAGGAGCCUGGCGCAGGCCAUGUUGCCACACCUGGGCGAGAACAACCUGCUGAAGGUGAAUGAGCUGGUCAGUGCCCUGUAUGACCCCUACAAACCCUACCAGCUGCAGUAUGGAGACCUGGAGGAGUCCCACCUCCUCAUCCAGAUCAGCGCCAUGCCCCUGGAGCGUGGUGAGGUGAUAGACUGUGUAGAGGAGCUGAGUCACUCAGUGGGGAAGCUGUUUGGCCUGGCCGGUGCUGCUGUUGACCGCUGUGUCAAACUGACUGACGGCCUGGCCUUGUGUGGCCUCCUCAAGGCCCUCAAAGCCCUCUUCGCCAAGUAUGUGUCAGACUUCUCCACCACUCUGCAGUCAGUCAGGAAGAAGUGCAGGUUGGAGGACAUGCCCAGUGCUGCUGUGUUCCAAGAGGAUUGGACUGCCUUCCAGAACUCGGUCAGGAUCAUUGCCACCUGUGGGGAGUUGCUGAGACAGUGUGGAGCCUAUGAGCUGCAGCUGUCAAACAAGAUCCUGGCCACGGCGGGGAAGUACCUGUCUGAGUCGUACAGCCCUCGGAGCCUGGCGGGCAUCCAGGAGGCCAGCUCCACGGAGAGGAAGGCAAGCGGCAGGAACCCCUGGCAGGAGUAUAACUACCUGCAGAGGGGCAACAUGGCAGAGUACAACGGCCUGAUGGGGCUGCUCUACUCCCUCAAGGAGAAGGGGACAGGUAACUCCAGUCUUCUGGCUGAGACCCGAGUGGCUCUGACCCGUCUCAACCAGCAGGCCAACCAGCUGGCCUUCGACUCGGUCUUCCUGCAGAUCAAACAUCAACUCUGCUUGGUCUCCAAAAUGGAGAGCCGAGAUGCAGGAGGUUUUGGAGAGAGCUAUGCUGAAGACCUGCCUACCUUCAGCUUGUCCCCACAGGAGUACAUCACCAAUAUAGGACAGUACAUCAUGUCUCUGCCGCUCCACUUGGAGCCCUUUGUGACGCAAGAAGACCCGGCGCUGGAGUUGGCCCUGCACGCAGGCAAACUGCCUUUCCCUCCUGAGCAAGGUGAUGACCUUCCGGAGCUGGACAACACAGCAGACUACUGGCUGGGCUCCAUCGCCAGGGCGACCAUGCAGACGUACUGUGACGCCAUCCUGCUCAUCCCAGAGCUCACGGCCCACUCCACCAAACAGCUGGCCACCGACAUCGACUACCUGAGCAACGUGAUGGACGCGUUGGGCCUGCAGCCCUCCAGGACCCUUCAGCAGAUAGUGACCCUGCUGAGGGCCAAGCCAGAGGAGUACAGACAGACGGCCAAACUGCUGCCUCGCAGAUUGGUGUCCACCAUCGCUGCCCUGAGAGGGCUGGACCACUGACCACGGUCACACUCUAAACCGAUAUGAUAACUACAAUCUGGAGUCUGCACCCCUGGUAUGACAAACUGAGAAGUAUCCAUUUGGGAAUAUUCCCAUCAUGCAACAUCUUCAAAUCAAAUAUUUAAACUGCUUUGGCAUCAUACUAUUGGCUACUCUGUUAGAAAGAAAUACAUUGUUUUCUAUUAUGGUACAUUUUUAUUCAUUUGCACUUAUAUUGGGGUAAAUCAAGGUAGAAUUGGUUUUUCUUAUUUGUAAUGUACUGGAAUCUGUCCACUAAUUUAAUAAACGUGUGGCCUUGUUGUCUUCAA